AUGGCGGCCGCUCGCUAUCCCUCCGAUGUUUACGGACAAGAAACCAACUACUCAAACCCGUUCAUGUCGUUCACCAAUGUGGAGGACAACUGGCAAGGUGCUGUGGAAACGUAUGAACGCAAGGCUGAGAGAAAAUGCGAUCAUUAUAACCCAUUUCUGUGUGAUGAAAGCUGCGCUAACACACUUGCUAAUGGAGAAGAUCUGUUCGCGCCGUUCGACAGCCCCGCUCGUUAUGCGCCCACAAAUCCCUUUUUCGGGGCCAACAGUCAAAGCCACGGCUCCGUGGAAAGGCCAGAUAUUAAAAUUGUUCCGUAUCCCGCUCCUGUCAUGCCAUUAAAGGGGCAUUAUGAAGUCACAAACCCCUUUGCCACUGCUCACAUGGGAAGUUUUGUACAUAGCACACCAGCUACAUCCAAACCUGCAGCCAGUACGCUUCCCAUGCCCUAUGACUUGAUUAAUCCAGACGUGACUGUUAAACAUGGACAUUUCCCAGUGCCCGGUCUCUCAUCUCCAACACGUAAGAGCCGCUCUAUGCCCCGCGCUGCGUCGGACAGUGAUGAGGACUACAACCCCAAAGAGAGAGUCCCCACUCUACGUCCCGGCCAGUACGACGGCAGUACACCCUGGAGAGAGUUUCUGCACAGGUUCGAGAGCUGCGCAGAGGCAAAUCACUGGUCAGCCAAGACAAUGGCAAUUCAGCUGAAAUUCUGCCUCACCGGAGCUGCAGGUGCCAUCGUCCACAGGAACCAUCGUUCCUCCAGGUGGGACUACCGCCGCCUGCUGGAGGAACUCGAAACUGCUUACGGCCCUUCUUCAGAUCAUGCAGCGGCUGUAGCAGUGGAGCUGAGACAAAGAGUGCGUAAAGCUGGUGAGGCGCUUCAUGUGUUCAGGGAUGACAUUUAUGGGAAAGUAGCUGUAGCUUAUGGUGAUUGGUCAGAGAAGGAGCAAGACGCUAUAGCUGUAGAAGUUUUCACAAACGGCCUGGGCGAGGCGGAGCUAGUCCAAAGACUGUUAGAAAAACGUCCAGCUACACUAGCCAAAGCUUAUGAGAUAGCCCACCGUCAUGACACCACCAAGAGAGCUGCUUCCUAUGUCACCAGCAUCAUGCAGCCGGGAGCCCGCAACCUCACUGAACGCAGGCCCCGGGCCGCUGUUGUCAGAGAAAGCGAAAACAAUGAGACUGUAACUACACCUGCAGCUAGCCCAUCACCCGAUCGCUUAGUCCCACACACAUUUGGAAAAACACAGAAGCAGCACCAGAACUUUAGGAAGGGUGACAUCCGCUGCCAUAACUGUAAUGGUUGGGGUCACAAACAGAGCCAGUGCUCGUCCCCUAAAAGAAAUACAAAGACUUUCACUCCGGGCACCGCCAAAGAAAGGCCGCAGACCACUGUGCUCCACCUUAAGGGCCAGAAUCGUGAAAUGAACAUUCACAUGCGCAUAUUUGAGCUGGAGUUGUGUGCAGUCCUGGACAGUGGAGCGCGGAGGAGCGUGCUGCCCCUUCAUCAAUACAACGCCAUUCACCGAGACAUGAGACCUCCGCUUCGCCCAUCCAUUGUAGAGACUCUGCUCGGGGUGGGACCAGGAGACGUGCCAGUUUUUGGUGAGGCCAAAGUACCUGUCAGCAUUAACAACCGUCAAGUUGAAGUGGACUUCCUUGUAGCGGACAUAGAGGGCAAUGAAGUACUGCUUGGCCACCCUUUCCUCACUCAAGCUGAGGCCCGCCUUGAUUUCGGUAAGCACCGCAUAGUUCUGUUUGGAGAAGAAGUGCCCUACUUUCACCCAGAGACUGUUCCAAAGUCACACGCUGUGAGAGUAUCCAGAACUGUAGUGGUUGAACCGGGACAAGAGUACCUAGUCAAGGGCAAGGUGCAUUUUAGCACAGAAGCUCAGGGGGACAUGAUGCUUAGCCCCACAAAAGGCUUUGUUGAAAAGCACAAAGUACUCAUUGCCAGAGCCCUAGUCAACGCACAGCCCGCCAACAUCGUCCCAUUACGUCUCUUCAACCCGGGCAACAAAGCUGUCACCAUUAAAGAAGGUGCCAUUGCAGGCCUCCUCCAACCAGCUGAAGCUCUGUCCUCGUCCAGUGUCCCCACAGCGGCAGACUUUCCAACCAGCUCCCCUGCAGUCCCAGGGAACCUCUAG